UGGACGUUAGACUUCCACUCAAAGCUGUCGUGCUUCGCUUGGUUUUCUCGUGUUUCCGCCAGUAUUUCCUCGGGUAGGAACUAAGAGCAAAAACAAAGUUCCGUGGACGUUAAAGAGACUAGGAGGGCUUUUCUUGAUUUAGACUGUCAAAGGAGAUCCGAUUUCAAGUGAAGACCGGAAGUUACAGUUUCUGUUUCACGCCAUUGCUGAACACAAGCUGCUCACUGCUCGACUCUGAAGGAAGCAGAGAUGAAAAAACAAGACACAGAGGAGUCUGCCUCUCAGAGCAGCGAGGAAGCUCUCUCUCCUAAAGUCUGCUCGGACAGCAACAGGCCAGAAGACUCUGAAGGACGGACAGAGACACCUCCACAAGUAGAUGGAGAGGCAGCUCUGUCUCAGUGUGAUAUGGCUGAGGAACUGAGCAGGCAGCUGGAGGAUAUUCUCAGCACCUACUGUCGAGAGAGCAUAUCCGACGGUGCCAACAACCUGCCUAACGGCCAGACUCACAGCGUAGAGCUCAACGGCCUAACCAGCGAGCGAGAGGAAGAAGGACCUGGAGAGGGUAAAGGACAUGAAGCCAACAAUGAGAUAGAGAAGGAGCAGAAGAAGACCCAGGAGAAGAAGAAAGUAAAGGCCUUGGGUAAAGAGAUCACACUCCUCAUGCAGACUCUGAAUACACUGAGCACUCCAGAGGAAAAGCUUGCAGGCCUUUGUAAAAAAUACGCAGAGUUGCUGGAAGAACACCGCAACACAGAAAAGCAGAUGCGAGUGCUGCAGAAGAAGCAGAACCAGCUGGUCCAGGAGAAAGACAACCUUCGGACUGAACAUAGCAAGGCCAUCCUGGCUCGCAGCAAGCUGGAGAGUCUGUGCAGAGAGCUGCAGAGACACAACCGCACACUGAAGGAGGAAGGAAUGCAGCGAACACGGCUAGAAGAGGAAAAGAGGAAAGAAGUGACUUCACAUUUCCAGGUGACACUAAACGACAUCCAGGCUCAGAUGGAGCAACACAACGAGAGAAAUGCCAGCCUUCGACAGGAGAACUCUGAGCUGGCAGAGAAACUAAAGAAGCUGUACGACCAGUACAAACUACGGGAAGAGCACAUCGACAAAGUGGUAAAGCACAAAGACCUUCAACAACAGCUGGUGGACGCCAAGCUGCAGCAGGCCCAGGAGCUGCUGAAGGAGUCCGAGGAGCGCCAUGACAAAGAGAAAGACUUUCUGCUGAAAGAAGCUGUAGAGUCACAGAGGAUGUGUGAGCUGAUGAAGCAGCAGGAAGUCCACCUCAAACAACAGCUUUCACUUUACACAGAGAAGUUUGAAGAGUUUCAGACCACUCUGUCCAAGAGCAACGAAGUCUUCACCACAUUCAAACAGGAGAUGGAGAAGAUGACUAAAAAGAUUAAGAAGCUGGAGAAGGAGACGGCCAUAUAUCGGUCCAGAUGGGAGAGCAGUAACAAAGCUCUUCUGGAGAUGGCAGAGGAGAAAUCUACCCAGGACCGGGAGUUUGAGGCUCUUCAAGGUAAAGUCCAGCGCCUUGAAAAGCUGCGGCGGGCACUAAAAGUAGAACGCAACGAGCUCAACAGGAAGGUUCAGAAGCACGGUGACCUGCAGAGUGACCUCACAACUGCCUCUGCGUCCAAUCCAGGGACUGACUCCCCCUCUCCACCACCGACAGACUCUUUACUGGAGCAUACGAGCAACGCUCACCCCACCCACUGCCCCCAGUCAUGCCACUGUGAGCCAGAACCAGACACAGAUGCUUCUUUAGACGGGGACGUUGCUCCGUCCAUAGUUGCAGCCUGCAGUCUCCCCUCUCCCCUGCAGCAUCACAUCAGAAAGUAGUGAUGAUUGGGUAGAUGAUGUUCAACCCAUCCAGAGCAGAUGCACAAGCUAGCUUUGCAGUUUCUUAUAGAAUGAUUUUAACCUUGUUUAAACAUGUUCAUGCACAUUGCUGUUUGUUUUUCAACUUAAAUGCUGAAGGAAUUUAAUUGAUCUUAAAAUGAUUGAGUUGCUAUACAUGCUACCGCUUAUGUAAAGGAAAGAUUAGAAAUGACUAGAAACCAAGCUUCAGAUAUUUAUUGUAAAUUUAAAUAAAGAUUUACGUGAGAAAUUA